AUGAAGACUAAUAAAUCUAUAAUAAAAUUCAAAGACAAUCUCGCUGCUUUUUACAGAAUGUUAUAGAAUACUUUAUCAAUUCUUAUGGUUUAACCCAAUAUCUUGGAAGUUGAUUAUAUAUAUAAUUUUAUGUAACAUAUUCAAAAUAGUAAUUAAGAUGGACUUGAAUUUCAUAUUAACAAAAAUGCCUAAUUUUAUCAACAAAACAUCAUUUAAGAGAAAACCCUAAAUUGCACUUUACCUAAACUCAUCACUUUAGAAGAUAUCAAAUUAGUAUCUUCUACUCAAGUAUCUGGAGAUGGUCACAAUAAUCCUGUUUUGAUUAUUUGUUCUGGCUGCUAAAAUAAAGUAUUUACUAUUUUUUUCAUAAGGUCUAAACUGUACUUACUCGCCAUUCUGGAAAAUCGACAAUAUUAGUAGGAUUUAUUUUGUUUCUUUGUUCUUUUGGAUUUAUUUGUGUUGCUUGUAUUCCUUGUUGUUUAGAUGAUUGCAAAGAUAUUAGACAUAAUUGUCCAUAAUGUUAAAAAACUUUAGGAAAAACUACAUUUAACAUACUAAAAUGA